UUUAAUUUGUGUGAAUUUCAGGACUUGGACUCGGGGAAGAUGAUUGGCAAUGCUAGGAUGAUUUCAGGACUAUACCUUCUUCAAGCAGACACUUCUAGGGGACAAACUCAAAAUGUAGAAGUAAGUCAAGGCACAGAAAGACCUGCCCCUCUUCUUGAUGAAUAUCAUUUAAGGGAAAAUGCUGACAAGAUGGCUUUUUUAAGUAGUGAGCAUCUUUCGAAAGAAGAACAGGCUCUUGAUAGCACAAGUGAGGAGCUGAAUGACAGUCAGCUAUUGAAGGAUGGAAAAUUGAUUCUUGAUUUUUUACAAGCCAUUCAUGCUGCUGAGCAAAGGCAAGCUGAAUUAGAUGCCCAUGUUUUUUCUGAAGAGAAAAGAGUCUUGAAGGAGAAGUAUGAAAAUGAAUUGAGGGAUUUAAGGGCAAGGGAGCUUAUGCGUAUAGAAGAGGCAGCAAUAUUGGAUAAGAAACGCAGCAAGGCAGCUUGUAGGUUUUUUAUGUUUGAUAUGUUAUUUUUGAGCUGUCUGUUAAAAAUUCAGGUGGAUGUCUUAUUCACUGCAUUUAUAAUUACUUCUAUCUCAUCUUAAUAAUGCUUAUUCUUUUAUAAAAAAAUAUCAUAAGGAAUGACUAUGGAGUUUUAUCCCUAGUGGCCAAUGCCCUCUUAACACUUGAUGAGAUCUAAUAAUGGAAGUCCCAUCCCAUUCACAUUUUGUUUAGCUCAAUUCUGCUUUGGCACUGCCUUAAUAUGAAGGUGGGUCAACCUGAUACUUCGAGUUGCUGGAUCCUGUUUCAUUUCUUUUACCAAAUAUGAGAUUUGACAAUUACCUGGUACCAUUCUGUGUUAAUUUGUGGGCAUUUGUAGUUGAGCUGUCCUUGA